AUGAACCCAGAGGAAAAUACAUGCAACAACAAAAAAGGUGGAGGUAAAGACCAAGCUGUGAAACAUUUUCUAUAUCAGAAUAUUUUAAAGAAAAAUUUUAUUCUUUUUAAUAUAUUUAAAGGAGGGAAAAAUUCGAACAAUGAAGAAGAUAUAUGUGAUAAUCAAAAUGAUAUAGAGGAUAUGUGUAAUAUAUCUAGAGAUAUAAAUAAUAAUAAUAAUAAUAAUAAUAAUAAUAUGAUAAAUAUAGAUAGAAAUAUAAAUGAUACAUCAGAUGAUGUUAAUUAUACAAAUAAUUUAUAUGACAUAAAUAAAUAUAAUAAUGACUGUAAUAUAUAUGAAAAUAAUAAAGAAAAAUUAUUUGAUAAUGAUUAUUCCGGAUUAGUGGAAGAAAAUGACCAAGAGGUUUUCUCAUUUUUUGAUGUAUAUAAUAAUAAUAAUAAUAUUCAUUAUCAUGUUCAAAAUAGUGAUAUUAUUUUAAAUAAUGAAGAUGAGGAAUAUAUUUUAUUUUUAAAAUAUAUUUAUAAUGAUUUAUUAUCUUUUAUAGAAAGCAAUAAAGAUUAUUAUUUAAAUAAUUCAAAUUAUGGUGAUAUGGAAGAUUUAAUAAUUAAUAUUUGUGGAACUAUAUGUCAUAAAGCUUUUAAUAAUAUUAAGACAAUAUUUAACACUUAUGAAGAAAUAAAAAAAAGAAAAAACAAUCCUAAUCCACAUAUGGUUGAUAAUUAUAUGGUAAAAGAAGAAAAUAUUAAUGAUAAUAAAUAUAUACAUAUUAAAAAUAAUAAAAAUGAAGAGAGAGAAAAUCAUAUCUUUUAUCAGAAUAUAUGUCAUAACAAAUCUAAUGUAAAUUAUUCCUCAUAUUUUUUUAUUCCUCCCUUGGAAUUUAUAGUAUCUCAUCUAAAUAAAUUACAUAAAAAAAAUACAUAUGCUUAUAACGAUAUUAAUGAAUUUGUUAAGAAUAACGGUUUUCAUACGUAUAAUUUAUUACCUGAAAAAGAAAAAGGAAAUAAAAGCAAUGUUUCUGAAGAGAUAGAAUUUUACCUUUCAUGUCUUAACCUUCACCACAACAAAGGAAACGAUAAAAAGAAACAAACAAAUCAAAUUAAAAAUAUAUACAAAAUGGAAAAUAGCUGUUCUAUAAAUCUAAAGGAUAAUUCGCAUCAACAAAAUGAUAUAGAUGAAAAAAAAAAUGUAUAUGUAAAAAAAGAUGUAUAUGUAAAGAAAGAUAUAGAUGAAAAAGACAAUAUAGAUAAUAAAGACAAUAUAUAUAAUAAAGACGAUAUAUAUAAAGCAGACAAUAUAGAUAAUAAAGACGAUAUAUAUAAAGCAGACAAUAUAGAUAAUAAAGACGAUAUAUAUAAAGCAGACAAUAUAUAUAAUAAAGACGAUAUAUAUAAAGCAGACAAUAUAUAUAAAGCAGACAAUAUAUAUAAAGCAGACAAUAUAGAUAAUAAAGACGAUUUAUGUGAACAAAGAAGAGACCAGAAUAUAUAUCCCCCCAUGCAACACACAAAUUCUGUAUCAUCUUAUAAGGAAGAUAAUUGUGUUAAAACUAAAUAUUAUACCCUUGAAGAAAGAACUAAUAUAUAUAGUGAUAAAGAUGAUGUAAGUAAUAACUCUUUUACUAAUGAUCAGAAAUAUUAUGAAAAGAAUUAUAAAAAUAUAAAUAAUGGAAAUAAUAAAGAAGAACAAAAAAAAAAUUAUUUAUAUCAUGUUGACGAAAAUAAACAUAUUAAUUAUAUGUUAUAUAAUAAAAAGGAACAUAAAAGUAAAAUUCAGAAUGAUAAUUAUAAAGAUAUUUAUGAUCAUUAUGAAAAUGUAUGCCAUUUUAAAUCUUCUGUUUUAACUUCACAAUCAUCUGAGGAAGAUUCUUUAAAAUGUAAACAAAAAACAAAAAGGGAAAUGCACAGCGAUAUUUUCUUCUCUUCCUAUCCUAGUAAAAGCAAAGAUAACAUUGAUAUGAAUAUCAACAACAUGAAUAACAACACAUAUAAUAACAACACAUAUAAUAACAACACAUAUAAUAACACAUAUAAUAAUACAUAUAAGGAUGAAUAUAAUAAUACAUAUAAUAAUAAUGAUGAAGCUGGACAAGGAAAUGGAGAUAAAGAUGGAUAUCAAGAUGGAUAUCAUGAUGGAGAUCAAAAUGGAGAUAAAGAUGGAGAUCAAAAUGGAGAUCAAAAUGGAGAUAAAGAAGGAUAUCAAGAUAUAUAUCAAGAUGAAGAUCCACAUGAUCAAUAUCAUCCUUUUCACAAAACUACAGAUCAAAACAAUUGUGUAUAUUAUAACGUGGAUGACGUUUAUUAUAACAAAUCAUUCUCAACACAUAAAAAUAUUACUAUUCCAAAAAAAAAAAAUUACAAUGAAUUUAAUUAUCUUCGUGAUGAAGAUAGUUUCAAGCAAUAUACAAACUAUGAUACCUUUUUUUAUAAUAACUUCAAGAAAAAUAUAAAAAAUGAGAAAUAUAAUUUAUUAAAAAAAGAAGAAAACCAAAAAGGUGUACAAUCAAUAAAGGAUGAUUUUUCAGAUAUCUACUUUUCAUGUAAUUUGGCAAAUGAUAAGUUCAUAAAUACACAAGGAGCUAACAAAUAUAAUAAAAAAAAUAAUAUAAAUAAGUUGAUUAAUAAAUAUGACGACAAUUAUAAUAAUAAUCAGUAUCAUGUGUAUGAUAAAAAUGAUCAUAUGGAAAGCUUAAAAAAUAAUAGAGAUACAAUAGAUGUAGAUACAAAUGAUGACGACACAAAUGAUCUGGACAUAAGUGACGAGGAUGUGUAUUAUAUGAAUAAUAGGGGAAUAUAUAUGAGCAAUGAAUGUAAAAGGGAAAUGAAAAAUUUUCAUGUGAGUGAUAAUAUGAGUGAUCAUCAUGUUGAUAAUGGGAGUGAUAAUAUGAGUCUCCACAAUGAUGAUAAUGUGAGUCUCCACAAUGAUGAUAAUGUGAGUCUCCACAAUGAUGAUAAUGUGAGUCUCCACAAUGAUGAUAAUGUGAGUCUCCACAAUGAUGAUAAUGUGAGUCUCCACAAUGAUGAUAAUGUGAGUCUCCACAAUGAUGAUAAUGUGAGUCUCCACAAUGAUGAUAAUGUGAGUCUCCACAAUGAUGAUAAUGUGAGUCUCCACAAUGAUGAUAAUGUGAGUCUCCACAAUGAUGAUAAUGUGAGUCUCCACAAUGAUGAUAAUGUGAGUCUCCACAAUGAUGAUAAUAUGAGUCUCCACAAUGAUGAUAAUGUGAGUCUCCACAAUGAUGAUAAUGUGAGUCUCCACAAUGAUGAUAAUAUGAGUCUCCACAAUGAUGAUAAUGGGAGUGAUAAUAUGAAUCUCCACAAUGAUGAUAAUAUGAGUGAUCAUAAUGUUGAUAAUGGGAGUGAUAAUAUGAAUCUCCACAAUGAUGAUAAUAUGAGUGAUAAUAUUAGUCUCCACAAUGAUGAUGACCAAGAAGAGGAACAGGAAUACUCAUCUAACAUUAACUUUAAGAAUAAUAUUAUUUUAAAUGAUGGUAAUGAUUAUAAAGAAAUUAUAAAUAAUGAAAUAUAUGAACUUAACAAUGUUAAGGAAGAAGACGAAUGCAAUCUCAUAAAAGAAAAUUAUGAUAUCCAAAGUGACGAUGAUGAUAAUAAUAAUAUUAAUAUUAAUGAUGAUCAUAAAUUUUAUUAUCGUCAUAUUCAUUCAAAUAUAAAAGAUAACGAGGAAGGCUCAAAAAAUAUCCUUAAAAUUAAUGAAGAAGAAUAUCAAAAAAAAUUACAAAAUUUAUUUAUAAACAAAACUGUAUAUGAAAAUCAAGAUCAAAGGGAUUUUACCAAAAAUGAAAAUCUACAUGAUGAUUAUUAUUAUUUUAAAUAUUUAAAUAAUAAAGAAAAUACAACUGAUCCUUAUCAUUAUACAAAAGGUUGUAAAAAAACAAAUAUUCAAGUAACACCGUCUCCAUUCCCUCAAUUUCUGAGAGAUAUACAAAUAUAUAAUAUUCCCCAGAAAAAAAUACGAUUAAAAAGAACCAGCAUACCUUUGAAGAAGGAGGACGAUAAAAACAAGGAACAAAAAUAUAUUUAUAAUAAAACCAAAAAAAAGGACAGGAAAAAAGAAAGAAGUAUUUCUGUAGUAAGAGAAAAAGUAAACAAAUGA